AUGUUCUCCACAGCCAACCUUUUCACUAUUCUUCUCGCCAUCCCUGCUGUUCUUGCAGCUCCCGCUCCUGAAGCCAAAGCGGCUGCAAAGCAGGUCACUGCCUGUGCUUGUGCCAAUGACGCAGGUCAGACAAAGGUAGAGGGAUAUUGUCAGUACAUUGCCGGCGGCAUCGUCAUACUGGAUGGUCAAAAUUAUUGUUUCCCUGCCGCCACAUGGUCAGAGUACAUGGAAACCCGCUUCACUGCCGAAUUCUGCCCUGGCUACUACCCUGGCUUCCCCAAGCCUGUUUGCAAGACUACCACUGUUUGCCCUACAAUUGGGGACUACCAGGAUAUUUGUUAA